AUGCCUCCUUCACCACAAACUCCUAGGCAUAGUCGGCACCCUUCCGCACUAGAUUUCUCACCCUCAACAAUGAGCCUUUCACGCAGACUUUCCAAAUCUUCCAUACAUACACCGACUACACCAAACCAUAUGAGUCGAGAUUUUAGUAGCAGUGUGGACGGAGUUGGUAUGGAUGUACUUGGAUCAGCGCAAAACGGAGGAAAUGGACUUGGAAAUCUAGCAGAUGAAUUAGCAGAUGCAUGGAGUGAAGACGAAGGAGAAAUGGACGAAGCAGAUCUUAAUUUUCAAAACACUGCGCCAAUGGAAUCGGAUAAUGAGGAUGCGGAAGAAGACAAAAAUGCAGUGAGGGAUAGUGGUGUAGAUGUUACAAGUCCGAAAAAACAACAUACAGCUAUGAAUUCAAAUUCGACCUUGACACCGCCGACAGCCGGGCAUGGGAGAGUCCACGCGUUAGGCCAUGCGAGGUCGCCGUCUGAAUAUGAUGGGAGUGAUUAUGGAGGAGAUUCGGAUUUGGAGAGUCCGGCCUUUGGACCGGCUUUAUUGGCGAGAAUGGAUAUGGUGGAGGGGUUGGCAAGGAGGGGUACGGAAAAUAAUGGAAGUCAAGCUGAUGGAGUUGUUAAGAGGGUUAUUGAAAGUUUGAAAGAUUUAGGAGUAACAACCCAUACUGCCCUUUCAACGCACCUCCUCCACCAAACCCGUCUCAUCCAGAAUCUUUCCCACCCCCUCUUCUCUCCUCUGUCCGCGCCGCCCACUCCGGAAUUCAUAGACACACUCCUCCCUCUUCUCGAUACCCUCAGCGAUUCUAUCCCUCGCCCUUCAACACAGUCCCUUUCAUCAAUCACCUCCUUACAUUCUCUAACCACCGAUUUAAUUCAAACAAUAACAUACUUGUCAGAUACAUUACAUAUGUCUAGACAAACUACAGUACAGGCAUCGAGGAAAUUGAAAUCAGCAAAGGAAUUGGUCGGCGAAAUGAGAAGGGAAGAGGAGCUCAGAGAAGAAGGAGAGAAGUGGGUAGAACAAGGAGAUUGGGAGAGGAGGUUGGGGGAAAGAGAAUGCGCUGGGGUUUGUAGAGGCGUAGUUGGGGGAUUUGAACAGGUUUGUGAGGACUGGAGAAGGAGAUUAGUAGAGAGUGCUGGUGGCGAGGUGGGUGCUUGA